UUUGAGAGUGGUGAGAUGAUAUGACUCGGCGCUAGGACCGUGGCUCUGUCAGUGCGCAAAUCCCAGCAGAGAGGCAUCGCUCCGGUAGAAGCGGCUGUACGCGCAGAGACAGAGAGGCUGUCUGUCUGCGCUGCGGUUCGACCCAUCACCGGCGUGGGAGGCUGUACCUUCCACGGCGCACGGACCUGAACCUGCCAGGCUGCGGAGCCCUCCGUAUGGGCUCACCAUGCGAAGGAUACGGGCCAACGCCAUCGCGAUUCUGACCGUUGCAUGGAUCUUAGGGACGUUUUAUUACCUGUGGCAGGACAACAAGCCCCAGUCGUCGCCGUCGUCAUCGGCUUCGCAGACUCGCGGCAGGGGCCACGGGCAGAAGGUGAUCCCCGGUCGACUGGAGAUUCACCGGGAUGACAGGACCAUCCCGCUGAUAGUGACCCAGCCCCCUCGGGCCGAGCAGCAGGGCCAGCUGCUGGGCAGCUUCGAUGAGAAGGCUUACUUAGCAGCAAAGCAGCUGAAACUGGGCGACGACCCGUACAAGGACCAUGCCUUCAACCUGCAGGAGAGCGACCGGCUGGGCAGCGAGCGAGCCAUACGAGACACUCGACACUACAGGUGUGCAGCUCUGACUUAUGACACAGACCUUCCCUCCACAAGUAUCGUCAUCACUUUUCACAACGAGGCGCGCUCUACUCUUCUUCGCACCAUUAAAAGUGUCCUGAUGCGAAGUCCGCCAUCUUUGAUUCAAGAAAUAAUCCUGAUAGAUGACUUCAGCUCUGACCCUGAAGACUGCCAGCUGCUCGCUCAGAUCCCCAAAGUGCGCUGCCUGAGGAACGGCAGGAGAGAGGGUCUGAUCCGAUCACGCGUGCGAGGAGCCAACACGGCCUCUGCUUCGAUCUUGACCUUUCUGGACAGCCACUGUGAGGUCAACACUGACUGGCUGCAGCCUAUGAUACAGAGAGUCAAGGAGGAUCAUACAAGAGUGGUCAGCCCCAUCAUCGACGUCAUCAGCCUGGAUAACUUUGCCUACUUGGCUGCCUCUGCUGACCUGAGAGGAGGAUUUGACUGGAGUCUCCACUUCAAGUGGGAGCAGAUUCCCAUUGAGCAAAAGAUGGCAAGAAGUGACCCCACUCAGGCAAUAAGGACUCCCGUCAUCGCUGGUGGGAUCUUCGUCAUGGACAGGAGUUGGUUCAACCACCUCGGCCAGUAUGACACCCACAUGGACAUUUGGGGAGGGGAGAACUUUGAGCUUUCUUUCCGGGUGUGGCUGUGCGGAGGAAGUCUGGAGAUUCUUCCCUGCAGCCGUGUGGGUCAUGUGUUCAGGAAACGGCACCCGUACGAUUUCCCAGAGGGCAACGCUCUUACCUACAUUAAGAACACCCGUCGGGCCGCUGAAGUGUGGAUGGAUGAGUAUAAACAGUACUACUACUCUGCGAGGCCGUCGGCUCAGGGAAAAGCCUUCGGCAGUAUCACAGACCGUCUGGCACUGCGACGGAAGCUGAACUGCAAACCUUUCCGCUGGUACAUGGAGAACGUCUAUCCCGAGCUGAGGGUCCCUGAGCAGGAAGCAGUGUCCAGUGUGUUGAAACAGGGCGGUUUGUGUCUGGAGACCCGUGGGACCGACGGCCUCGGGCUGGCAGAGUGUAGGGGCCUCGGAGCCAACAGGCCACAGUCGCAGAGAUGGGAGUUAAUAGAGCCGCUGAUCCGGCAGCAGGACCUUUGCCUGGCAAUUUCUGCUUUCACAGCGGGGUCGAAGGUCAAGAUGGAGCCCUGCAAUACAAAAGAGCCGAGACAGAAGUGGAAGCCAAAGGGCACAGCUCUGCAGCACAUGGUCAGUGGCCUCUGCCUGGACAGUCAAACCCCGAUGGGACCUCCAGUCAUUUUACAGUGUCGCCCCCAGAUGGCCAGCCAGUCCUGGGAGCCACAAGUCAUUACCUGAGCCACAGCAAAUGGGAAGAGGGAGAGGGAGGAGCAGAUUCUGGACCCAGCCUGCAGAAGGGAUUGGGGUAUCACGUCUGCACACUGUUUGUCGCCUUGCUGAAGGAUAAAAGUAGUGGGAACUCUACUGUCUUGAAGUCAACUUCUAGCUCCUGCUCAUUGUGUCUUGGGGACAAGAGCGCGCUGAAAACAUUUUAAGACCCUGUUGAACAAAACAUCUAAGGUCUUCUGUGUACAGUGCUUCAUCCUUCCAGGAUGCUUUAGUUCUUCUGAGUAAUCUACGCUUUUCACAAAAAACUAUCACACAUCCCACUUUUCAUUUCUGUAUCUAUUCCGGUCUAUGUGUUGCUUCAAUCUGGAAUAGUGAAGAUUACCCGAAACGAAAGAGUGCAUAAUGUACUGUUGCUAAUAUGCUGACUUGCACUUGACCCACUCUGAGUCUUGAGGUUUUUGGGCUGUUGAAGCAUGUCUGAUGACUGUGUGGACCAGGGCAGUUUUAUGUGCAGUCAACUAAAAUCUGAAAACAAUUUUUUUUAAAUUGUUAUUGCUGAAUGGCAGUCUUGAAACCACCAUGCGAAGCACUGUCAGGAAGAUUAUUUAUUGUUUUGCAUGGUCAGACCCAAAGAAUGGUUUUUUUUUCUCCGUCUCUACAAAGUUUUAUGUAAAUAUUUAAAGCAGGUAACGGCUUGUUUUGUGUAAAGUUCUCUAUAUGUUGUUUGAAAAAAUAAAAUGUGGUAAUGGAGACAUUGCUGUUGUAGUCAUUUGAAUAAUAAACUGGAUUACUGCACCAUCA